GGACCUCCAAAACCACCCCUGGGCACCUGCCUGCUGCUUAGGCCUGGGCCCUUCUCACGGCUGGUGCGGGAGCUGUGCCUGCUUUUCACCCGGGGGGUCGAUUAUCGCUGGCAGCGCCUGGCCCUGAUGGCCCUACAGGAGGCAGCAGAGGCCUUCAUCGUGAGACUGCUGGAGGAUGCAUACCUGUGCUCGCUGCACGCCCGCAGGGUCACCCUGUUCCCCAAGGACCUGCAGCUGGUUCGGCGCCUGCGAGGGCCUGAGUGGGGGGGCAUCUGAAUGGGGACCCCCACCCUGCACUGGUACACACCCCUCAACACCCCCAGCCUGGGGGGAAUGAGAGCCUCACACCCCUGAUUUUAUUGGGGGCUCCUAUGGGACCAUUGUGCUGAGACACUGCCCCACCCUGUGGGGGCCCCCCACACUAGGAUCCCCCUGAGUGUACCCCCAGGACCCACCCCCAGGGGAUCUUGAAGCCCAGAGCCCCCUCUCCAAGGGUUGUCCCCAUGGGAC